GAACCUAUACAUAGGUUAUAAAAGCAAAGCAAGACUUUUUGAAAGUCUUAAUAAAUACAUAGCAUCUAUUCCGCUUUAAAAGCCAGCCGGCAAGCAUUGCAUGGCAUCCAUUCUUCUUUGUCUGCAGGGUCAGCGUUCAUACGUACAUUACUUUAAAAGGAGGGCAUGACGUAGAGAUCAAGAAACUGAUUGGUCGUACUCUGAACUCUGAGGUGCGUAGUCGUACAUAUCGUGCGAGGUCUUCACACGGACGGGUUGAUCUCGUCUCUCCGCUCCUCAUCACCAAAAUUCCUUCUCUCAGAAGCUGCCCGCAAAUCAUUUGGAUCUUCAGUUCAUAGUCUCUCUUCAAGCAGCCUAUUUGAUAAAAGAGAGAGAUGGGGAUUGCACGCGACGGCGGCGACGGUAAUUCAGCCUCAUCAGCAGGAAUGUCUCCUGAGAGGACUGCCUCAUUGUCGCAGGAGCAGCAAUCUGAGGCAAACAACUCGGCGAUCAUCAUGACGUAUGCAGACGCAGACGUCUCAAAGUUAAAUCUCGACAUCACACUGCACCGCUUGCUCACUUUCCCAACUAAUUUUGAAAUCGAUUACCGUCAUUCCCAACCACUGGCGGAAGCUGGACUUUUUUGGGAUCGACAUCAAAAAUCAAUUAAGUGCCGGUUUUGCAACUUUUAUACCAAAGAAACAACAACAUUUAGGGGCAAGACUGCACAAGAGAUUUUGAAUUUGAAGCGGACGAUUUGUGCCAUCGGCCAAAAAUCAUCAAGAAAUGUCCCGCUUGGAGGAACUGCGAAUUAUAAAAUUGAAGCUCAUCGAAUUUAUUCUCUGCUGGAAAAAGACUGGAAAUUUGUCACGCCUUUCGAUUUGGCCAAAUGGGGAUUUUACUACACCGGCCAAGAUGACAAUUGCCGAUGCAUUUACUGCAAUUUGGAAGUGCGUGGGUGGGAAAAGGGAGACACGCCGGAAAUGGAACACAAAAAGUGGAACCCUAACUGCUCCCUUUUGAUAAAUCCGGCGGGCGUCCAAAACAUAAAGAUUGGAGAGGAGCAAAUGGAAGCAUACAGCGACUCCGUCGGUGCACUUCCCAAUCCUGGACCAAGCUCGUUCAUUGUCUGUUCAAUUUUGAACUGUCCCACCCCUGUAACGAAGCAGAAUGGACCAUGCGGAUGCAUCAACCUUUGUGAUGCAUGCAAAGUCAACAUCAAUGUGUGCCCAAACCCAAAUUGUGGUCUACCAAUCGAGGAUCACGUUUUGAUUCCACAAAAUUAAGUAAAUUAACUCUUCCGCUGCCAUUUUUAAGUUAAAAAUUAUUGUUUACAUUAUUGUCCCACACACACACACACACAAACGCUUUUCGAUCUUAGUCCAGUGCCUUGGCGUGCGUCUCACUCAAAUAAUCCUUUGUUCAUAUUGUAAUUCGCGUGUGAAAAGUUAAUUUGCCCUGCGGACACGUCAACCUUUGUAACGGAUGCAAUGCUGAUAGGUGUCCAAAAUGCAUCCUGUAAUCAAGAAAUUCCAGCUUUCAUAAUAUUACAACCGGCAAUUCUCCCAUCGGGUACCAAUGGUGCUUGAUGCACCAUCAAAGACAAGGGGGAUAAUAUCCCUCUGUUUUUGCCGACAAUAUUUUUUCAACUUUUCGAGUUUUGCUUUUUUUUAUUACUCUGAAACGCAAGAACGCGUUUAGUCUGAAAAUUGUGGGGGAAAAACGUGAUAGUGGUAUUUGUUUUCAUUUCAAUAAGCUUAGGGAAUACAUAUGUUUUCAUUUGUCAUUGUUUUAUUCAAAAAAUAUAAAUAUUUUAUGUUCUUAUUGUGAAUUUGAAUAAUCACGCUCACUAUGAAAUGAUCCUUGCUAUGCUUUUCUGCACAUAGGUUAUUGGAGAAUUUUCAGUACUGAGUGUUUCAUUGUAUAUUUAACAUAAUAAAUUUAAGUUUUGAUACAGUUAAAUAAUAA